CUCAAUUGACAUUUCCGCCUUUUGUCACAAUAAAAAUCCCUAAUUAAACUUUCCGUGAAUUUUCCCCCUCCUCCCUUCCCACCUCAGCAUGGCUUCUGGCGCCGCCGCGGACGGCGGUUCCCUCACCUUGGAUUCAAUUCCCAUUGUCGAUCUCCGCCUUCUCUCCCAGUCGGAGCUUUAUUCCCUCUCUCUCUGUUCUUCCACCGCCUUCGACCCCAGCCGCUGCGAUGACGUCGUUAUUCCCAAGAUUGACCGUUCCGUCUUCAAUGAGUCCGCCGGUUCCCGAAAGCAGACAUACUCCCGCCUCCGCCUCGCGCCUCCGUCGGAGUCAUCCUCCUCCUCCACCCCUCGCCGCCGCACCCCUCAUCUUCGUCCAACUGCCGCCACUUUCCCCCAACUCGAGACCAAUGAUUCUUCCGACCCUGAAAAUGUCGAUAACUCCCAGAUUGUUUCUCUUCUCAAGAAGUUGUUUGUAGCCGACUUGAACGGCGACGAAUUGGUCCCUGUCAAUAUAGAUUCCAUGGAUUCCCUACCGGCUCAGCACUUCCCGACAUUGCCGCAUUCCUCCCAAGCAAUCUCUCACCCCUCGGGAAUCAAAAGGAAGCGCGGGCGCCCUCGCCGGAAUGAAAUUGUAGGGUCUUCCGGAGGAUCGGCGCCUGUAGGCAACGUCGCCGGUGAUGCGGAUAGGUUUCCGGCGCCGACUGAGGUUUUUGUUCAUGAGCGUAUGGAGGAGGAUAGGGACAGGAACAUCUUGAACAAGGAUGGUGUGGCUGUGGAUUUGGUAGCAUUAGGCACUAUAGAGCAUCCGUACGUUGAACAUAUUAGGCAAAGGACUGAAGGGCUGACAACUGAUGAGCACUUGUUUGCAUUCUUGGCCGGAUUAGAUGGAGAGUGGAAUAGUAGGAGAAUGAAGAAAAGGAUCAUCGACGCCGACGUGUUUGGGGCUGCACUGCCUGUUGGCUGGAAGCUUUCCCUAACCAUUAAGAAGAAUAGUGGUCAAUCAUUCGUGCAUUGCCGUCGAUACAUAAGCCCCAGUGGACUGCAUUUUGUGACAUGCAAGGGAGUUUCUUCAUAUUUGCUCUCUCUUCAUGGUGUGCAAGAUGCAAGUAUACCAGACUCUUCCCAACCCUAUGUGCCGGUCCGUGUGACUGAUAAAUUGACCCCUAUUAGGGGUCCCGAUCCUGCUGUUAAGGAUGAGCGAAGGAAAGAAAAUGUUGUUUCCUAUACAUCAUCAUCUGUGAUAGAUUCAACACCUGUUAGUCUUGAGAAGCAAGUCUUAAAAAGCACGGAGGAUUUUCCAAAGGAUGGAGUAGGAGAAAUUUUGCAAUGUGAUAACAGUAAUAUAGCUUUUGGCCAUAAAGAUGAACUAUUUCAACACCAAAUAUCUCAUCAAGGAAAACGACGCAUUACUGAUGGAGUUAUAAUUAAAGAUGGAAAAUUUGAGUGCCAGUUCUGUCACAAGACAUUUGAUGAAAGGCGUAGGUAUAAUGGUCAUGUUGGGACACAUGUAAGGUGCCAAACUAGGAUUGCUGGGGAAUCACCAGCUGUUAAUGUUGGAGCGACUGUUCGUCUAUCUUCUUUUGGUGAUAUUCGUGUUCAAGAUAAUUCAAAGCUAGGAUUAUUAAAUUUUGAUAACAGGGAGAAUAUGUGCUCACCGGGCAGUAAAGACGAUGGAAAUGUUCAAUAUUUAAAGGAAGCUAACUGUAAUUCAGGAGUUAAUGCUGAAGCUACUGAUGUUGUUAGCAAAACAGAUCAAUGUGAGGUUGCUGAUGUAAUCUUACCGAGCGAUAGUGACAAAAAAUUAUGUCCAAAUGAUAGCUCUGGUGGAAUCAUUGCUGAGGGUCUUAAGAAUGUUGAUGCAAUUGAAAAUUCUUCGAGGACUCAGCUUCUUGAAAAGUGUGUUGUGUCGAAAGAUAGUUUACUAGGUUCAAACAAACAUGGGGUAGAAUCUGGAACUGUGCAAAAUGACUGCAUCUCUGGGGCAAGGAACAAGGCUGAAAUUGACCAGGAAAAAAUGUCGAUUGAUGUAUCUGCAUUCAGUUUUCAUGGAGACAACCCAUCAACUUCUGGAUCAGUGUUAUCUAAGGUGGACAUAGGGUCAAGUGUCAACGUGCUGCCAAGAUCUCAAGAUGAGAAUAAAUUUGUUACAGAUAUUGUUCCGAACUUAACAAGUGAAUGUAAAGUUUAUGAAACAUGCAGGUUUGGAAUCUGUGAGAAUGGUUAUCCUGGAGCUGAUGAUACUGUGGGUAGGUACGACGAAGUGCAACCUGGUAUCUGUUCAGUCAAGCCCUCUGGGAGCGAUCAUGAUAAAGUUUCAAAGAAGUCCAAUGGUGGAGUGUCCACUUCUCUGUCGGAGGAACCUGUGGUACAGAACCAUUGUGAAAGCCGGAUAGCUGCUUUAUUUGGCCAUGGAAGCGUGUGUGAUUUGAAUCAUAAAGAUGAUGAAGUGUAUGAAAGAGGGAUUAAAGUAUCUGAAAUUGACCAGCAUCAAACUUCUGGGAAUGGUGAUUCUGCUGAUCCUUUUUUCGAUAGUCACAUUGGAUUAAAUUCCUACUCUUUUAUGGGAACCCUUCCGGAUAUGCAACUUGGAGUGUGCAGUGUCCCUUCAUCUACAGCUACUAAACAGUUUUUUCAAGACAAUAGUAUGAUGAGAAUAUUUGAUGGAGCCUCGAAAGCACAGGGACAGGGGCAGCCUGGUGGUGUAUCACUUAGUCGGUCUGAUAAUGUCCCUGCAAAUCAUUCUAAACCCAAUGCAAUUGAAAAUGCUGGAGAACAGGAGUUAAACCUUUUUUCCGGAAAUCAUCCAGCUCAACUGUUCCCAGAUUCAAGUAGGGUUGAGGAGAAAAGGUAUCAAACUAGUGAUAACAUUCAGUCGGUUGAGGGGUUUAACAUUCAAUCUACUGUCCACAGAACAUACGGUGAUGAAACAAUUUUGGGUACAAGAAACAGUGAUCUAUUUGGUGAUUUGAACCAAGGAAGAUUGCAUCAUGGUCCUGUCCCUGAUUCACUGUUCGGUGUUAAGAUUGGCAGCAAUUUUAAUGCGGCUCACACAGGAGGCCGGAUGGGACCUUCUAACCAAAACUUUAUGGUUGCUUUUGAAAAUGGCAGCUCACAGCCAGGUGACUGUGGUGCAGCUGAUGCCACUUGGAGAACUGGUCAUGAAAAUGUGUUUCAAGGUGAUUUUGAAGCUACUGCAAGUAUGCGGCUUCCAUCCUCAACAAAUAUUUUUGGCACUUUCGGCCUAACAUCAGAUAAGGUACUGAAUAAUUUUUUAUAUGGACAAGAAAAUUCAUAUGGUGUGGGCAAAAAUUAUAAGCUUGAAACUGACAUGCUGAGGUCAGGUAGAUCGGAGCCAGUGGAGUACCCAUUUCUGGACAAUGAAAGUUCAAACUUCUCAUACACUGGAAACACAGAGCAGCAUGGUUUGGAUCCUUCAAUAUGGCAAGGAAAGGAUGCGUUAAUGCCGCCCUACACAUCUCACUCCAAUCAGUACUACUUUUCACCUGACCCUGCUGCAGCAAUUGGCAAUGGGCCUUCUUACUUUUACCCAAUUGGUGAAACUAAGAAGAGCUUGGAGUGGUGCAACAAUUGUGGGCUCCUCUAUGAUUAUCAGAAAUCACUGGGAACAGGCUCCUUCGAACUGCCCAACUUGUCUGUCAAAUCCAAGAAAAUCAACGCAACCUGUAUGUAUCUGUACAUGAUGAUGAUGGAAGAGGGGCGUCAAAGAAUCAGAUGCAGUAGCAGCAGCAAGGAAGCAAUUGUGUUCAUUCCUUUAGGUAUUGUAAAUCAAGGUUUGAUUCACUCAAAAGAGCGUGUGAAUAAAUGCAAACCAAAGGAUAGCUUAGCUGAUUCAAACUUCUCUGUAUGA